AUGGCGGAUUACAACAUCGACGCUGAGAAAAAUGACCCACGCAUCCUUGCCUUGACCCCAAUCACUGAUGAAGGGACUGUUGUCGAGAAGCACCGUGUGACAGACAAAGUUGACGACCUUGCCGAGGUCGAAGCCUCGAGAGGAUGGUUUGGCUCUUUGCUCAAAUAUGCCAGCUUUCUGCGCGCAGAAGAACGAGGUAUCGAGAGAGUGAGGGCAGAGGACAGAGUCAAGCAGUCCGUGUUUGAUGGAUAUACCAUGUGGGCAUCAGCCAAUUUCACUCCAGCUACGUUCGCUACCGGUGCCUUGGGUCCUAUCUUCGGUUUGGGAUUCUGGGAUGCUUUCGCGGUGAUCUUCUGUGUCAACUUCUUCACCAGCAUUGUCGUGGGACUGUUUGGAUGCUUCGGGCCAAUGACAGGACUCAGGAUGAUGUCCGUCGGCCGCUACGCAUUCGGCAUCUGGGGCACGAGAGCCAUAGUCAUCUUGAAUAUUUGCGGCAUGAUCGGCUGGUCGAGCGUCAACUCCAUCGCCGGUGCUCAAGUUAUGAACGAACUCUCCGACGGCAAUUGUCCGUUGUGGGCUGGUAACCUGAUCAUCGGCGUCUGCACGGCUGUCAUCUCGUUCUUCGGCUAUUUCGCCGUCCACUUCUUCGAACGCUGGUGCUGGAUCCCGCAGGUGUUGAUCUUCAUUUUCCUGGCUGGAUAUGGCGCCAAACACUUCGACGCGGCUGCCCUGCCCAUGGGUCACGGAUCCGCCGAGGCAGGCAGUGUCAUGUCGUUUAUCGCUGUCAUCUACGGAUUCGUCGCUGGCUGGGCCCAGUCUGCCGCAGACUACAACGUGCGCAUGCCAGUCAACACGAGCAAAGUCAAGCUCAGCCUGUCGAUCUGGGCAGGUAACUUUUUGGGAUGUGCGAUACCUGAAAUCCUGGGUGCGGCAUUCAUGACUGCUGUUGCUGCGGACCCGAAAUUCGAAGACGCUUACAACGACCGCGGCAUCGGCGGUGUAAUGGGGCAAGCGCUCGAGCCUCUCCAUGGGUUUGGCAAGUUCCUGCUCGUCUUAUCAGCAUUGUCCAUCGUCGGCUGUAAUCUUGUAAACAAUUACAGUCUGGCAUUCACAUGCCAAAACUUCCACCCCGUCAUGAUGAAAGUUCCGCGCUUUGUGUGGAACAUCAUCGGGUCAGCGGUGUUCAUCGCUAUCGCCAUCGCAGCGGAGGACUCGUUCGCGGAAGUCCUUGAGUCGUUCUUGUCGGUCAUUGGAUACGUCAUUACGCCGUUCUUGUGCUGCGUGACGAUUGAGUUCCUGCAUUUCAGGAAGAAGAAACUCCCUCUCGAAGACUGGAAUAAUAUGAAAACUCUGCCGUACGGGAUUGCUGGGUUUCUGGCUAUCGCGAUGGGGUUCGUUGGCGCGGUGCUCUCGAUGUACCAGACCUGGUAUGUCGGCGUGGUUGCGAAGGCGACUGGUGCAGAGCUCGGUUGGAUCUUUAGUGGUGUCUUCUCGGUGAUUGCAUAUGUCCCUGUCAGAUAUCUGGAGAUCAAGUAUACAGGACGAUGA